CCGCCGCCCCCCGCUCCCGCCGCCGUCAAACCCACAGGAGGUUUGUGUUUGCUUGGUGCUUACGCAGACAGCGACGACGAGGAGGGCGAAACCCCGGAAAAGUCAGCCCGUUCCGCAGAUGCAAAUGGCAGUAAUUCGGCAGACAUUGACAGCACGCUGGCAAACUUCCUGGCGGAGAUCGAUGCCAUCACGGCUCCUCCGCAGCCCGAUCCUGUGAUGGGCGAGCUGGAGAUGGGCGACUGGCAGGGGGCGUGGGUCGCAAAAACCGGCUGCUACUAUUACUGGAAUACCCAGAGCAACGAGGUGACCUGGGAGCUGCCGCAGUACCUGGCGACGCAGGUCCAGGGCCUGCAGCACUACCAGCACAGCACCGUGGCAGGCGCUAACGGCAGCUUCGUAGCGGCUGCUGAGCUGUACCCCCAGGAGAAGGGGACCACCCCUGGCAGCGUCGGCCGUGGGGCCAGCCUGGCCAAGCGGGAGGUGAAGAAGGAGGUGAACGAAGGCGUGCAGGCCCUCUCUAACAGCGAGGAGGAGAAGAAGGGGGUGGCUGCGGCCCUGCUGGCACCGCUCCUGCCCGAUGUGGUGAAGGAGGAAGAGGAGCGCUGGAGGAGAAAGGUGAUCUGCAAAGAGGAGGUUGAGCCACCCCCGGAAGAGGAGGCAAAAGCAGAAGAGGCGGCGGCUGCUCCCGAAGAGCCGGAGCCCAGCAGGGAUCCCCUGGAAGACACGCUGCAGGAGGAUCUGUGCAGCGUGGUGCAGUCUGGGGAGAGCGCUGAGGAAGAGGAGGAGCAAGACACCCUCGAGCUGGAGAUGGUGCUGGAGAGAAAGAAGGCGGAGCUGCGUGCCUUGGAGGAAGGUGAUGGCAGUGUUUCGGGCUCCAGCCCGCUCUCCGACGGGAGCCAGUCGGCCUCGCAGGAUGCAACCCGCAGGCUGGCCUCUAAGCGAGGGAAAUGGAAACUGUUUGUCGGAGCUGCCAGCCCCGAAUCCGCCAGUCGAGGCUCCAGCAAAACGGGCCGGGAGAGCCCGGAAGCAGGAGAAGCAGCCUCGCAGGCUCAGGGCAGCGCAGCAGCUGAUGCAAAUUCAGACAAAGAGACAGAGUCUGAGGAGCCCCAGGAGAAAGCAAAAGCACAAGGGGCACCAAAAAUAGAAGAGGAGGAGCAGGACCUAAAGUUUCAGAUCGGAGAGCUGGCAAAUACUCUGACUAGUAAAUUGGAGUUCCUGGGCAUCAACAGACAAUCUAUCUCCAACUUCCACAUGUUGCUGUUGCAGACAGAGACCCGCAUUGCAGACUGGCGAGAAGGUGCUCUCAAUGGAAACUACCUCAAACGCAAACUCCAAGACGCAGCCGAACAGCUAAAACAAUACGAAAUAAACGCCACCCCUAAAGGCUGGUCCUGCCACUGGGACAGGGAGCAUAGACGCUAUUUCUAUGUUAACGAGCGCUCAGGAGAGUCGCAAUGGGAGUUCCCCGACGGGGAGGACGAAGAGGAGGGACAGCGGACCACCGACAGAAAAGCCGACGGUCCUCCUAAACCACCUCCAAAAGACAAAGGAGAGCGCGCCGAGGACUCCGCCGAGCGCUCUGCAGGCUCCCUUUGUAAAGAAUCCUUCUCAGGCCAAGUUCCUGCUACGUCUCUCAUGCCGCUCACUCCAUUUUGGACUCUGCUUCAGUCCUCUGUCCCGGUCCUCCAACCUCCCUUGCCUUUGGAAAUGCCUCCGCCGCCUCCGCCUCCACCGGACUCGCCCCCGGGCAAGAAGGGCAAAACGAAGAUGCCGUCGCUGGUGAAGAAGUGGCAGAGCAUCCAGCGGGAGCUGGACGAGGAGGAGAAUUCCAGCUCCAGCGAGGAGGACCGGGAGACCACCGCCCAGCGGCGCAUCGAGGAGUGGAAGCAGCAGCAGCUGAUGAGUGGCAUGGCCGAGAGGAACGCCAACUUCGAGGCGCUGCCGGAGGACUGGCGAGCGCGGCUGAAGAGGAGGAAAACUGCGUCGAGCACAUGA